GGACGUUGAGAGGUAACUCUCGGUCAUUGUGGAAGACGCGAGCUGUGGAUGAACCGGCGUUGAGGAGGCGGCUCUAACCAUCACAAGGUCAGAUUGAUCUAAAAAAAAAAAGUGAAAAAAGAAGAAGGAACUGAGGUAGUGCAACGACACGACUCGCACUAUAAUAAAAGAAUCGUCAUUCACGUUUGUCCACCUCAGUCUUUAAACUCCCAUGGCUAUGAAAAUGGACCUCAGCAGUGUCCUCCUCCUCCCUGUCCACAUGCUGGUAUGGCUGUACUCGGCGGUGAGCUUCCUGCCCUGGUACUUUGUAACAGGGGCCCAGAAGAAGAUCGCUCAGGCCAAACGGGUCAAGGCCAAAUCCACCUACGGUAAAAUAGAGGGGCCGUAUCGCUCCGUGGACCGCUUCGACUCGCUCGCUCUGAUGGACUUCGAUGGAAAAGACACACUGGACAAACUGUUCGAUCAUGCAGUGCAGCGCUUUAACAAGUUGCGCUGCCUGGGAACGCGAGCAGUCCUGAGCGAAGAGAACGAAACCCAGCCUGGUGGCAAAGUCUUCAAGAAGCUGAUCUUGGGAGACUACAAGUGGAUGACGUAUCAGGAGCUGGAUGCCGAAGUCACUCACCUCGGCAGUGGCCUUGCAGCACUCGGCCAGCAGCCAAAACACACCAUUGCUAUAUUCUGUGAGACGCGUGCGGAGUGGAUGAUCACCGCUCAGGCCUGCUUCAGACGCAAUUUCCCACUGGUGACAUUUUACGCAACUCUCGGAGAGGACGCUGUGGCCUUCGGACUCAAUGAGUGUGGUGCGACUCACUUGGUCACUAGCUCGGAGCUUCUGGAAACCAAAUUAAAGAGCGUCCUUCCUCAAAUCCCUCACCUGAGGCACAUCAUUUACGUGGACAACAAGAGCCUCAGCACUGCAGGAUAUCCAGAACACAUUCAGAUCCACAACAUGCAGUUUGUAAAGGAGCUGGGAGCAAAGCCUGAAAAUUUGAACAGGGAGAUAGUCAAACCCGUCCCGUCAGACCUGGCGGUCAUCAUGUACACCAGCGGCUCAACGGGACGACCCAAAGGCGUCGUGAUCGUCCAUAGCAAUCUCAUCGCAGGCAUGACAGGCCAGUGUGAGAGGAUCCCAGGUCUGGGCACCAAGGACACGUACAUAGCUUAUUUGCCCCUGGCCCAUGUGCUGGAGAUGACUGCGGAGAUCUCGUGCGUAGCGUACGGCUGCAAGAUCGGUUACUCCUCCCCACAGACACUCUCUGAUCAGUCUACUAAAAUUAAAAAGGGCAGUAAGGGCGACUGCACAGUCCUAAAGCCGACACUAAUGGCAGCGGUACCGGAAAUAAUGGAUCGCAUCAAGAAAAAUGUCUUGAGCAAAGUGCAGGAGAUGAACGUUGUCCAGAGGACCCUGUUCAACCUGGCCUACAACUACAAGCUGGAGCAGAUCAAGAAUGGCUAUGAUGCUCCGCUUUGCAACAUGAUGUUUAAGAAGGUGAGGGCUCUGUUGGGAGGAAACGUGCGAAUGAUGCUGUCAGGCGGGGCUCCUCUCUCCUCCUCCACACAGCGCUUCAUGAACAUCUGCUUCUGCUGCCCUGUGGGUCAGGGUUACGGCCUCACCGAGACCUGUGGAGCAGGCACCAUCACUGAAGUGACGGAUUACAGCACAGGACGAGUCGGCGCCCCUCUCAUUUGCUGUGAGGUUAAAGUCCGAGACUGGGCAGAAGGUGGAUAUACAAAGCUGGACAAGCCUCACCCACGAGGAGAGAUUAUAAUUGGAGGUCAGAAUGUGACCAUGGGCUACUACAGGAGCGACACUACCAGUGAGGAGUUCUUCAUAGAUGAAAACGGGCAGCGUUGGUUCUGCACUGGAGAUAUAGGAGAGAUUCAUCCUGAUGGUUGUCUGCAGAUUGUGGACCGUAAGAAGGACCUUGUGAAACUGCAGGCUGGAGAAUAUGUGUCUCUGGGCAAAGUUGAGUCUGCACUGAAAAACUGCUCCCUCAUUGACAACAUCUGCGCAUACGCCAACAGUGAUCAGAACUACGUGAUCAGCUUUGUGGUACCAAACCCAAAGCAGCUGACCGCUCUGGCUCAUCAGAAGGGCAUCGAAGGCACGUGGACGGACAUCUGCAACCAUCCAGUUAUGGAGAUGGAAGUCUUGAGGGAAAUUAAAGAAGUUGCUAAUUCAAUCAAGCUGCAGCGCUUUGAGAUCCCAAUAAAAGUUCGCCUCAGCCCAGACCCGUGGACUCCUGAAACCGGCCUGGUCACGGAUGCGUUUAAGCUGAAAAGAAAGGAGCUGAAGAACCACUAUUUCAACGACAUCGAGCGAAUGUACGGUCGCAAAUAAAUAAAACCAGCCAAAUCCUGUAAACCGUCAUCACUCUGCCGCCAUUCGGCUCAUGCUGCAUAUGUAUAUGUGUUUGGAAAAGUUUUGCUGUAAGCACACGUAAUCGAUUAGUGUGGCACACAUACACACGUACGUCUUGGUAUCUACUGUAAUGUUCUGUUUCCAAACAAUUGGUCUAAUACUGUGGAUAAUAUCAGCAGAUCUGUAGUCUUUAUAAGAGCUUUAGUCUUUCUUGUAGAAUUUAGACUUAGCUGUGUGGCAUAAGACAAAAGAACAACAUUCAUACUUACAAAAAAAAAAAAAAAAAGCUUUGGUUUGACUUAAAUUAUUCAUACUAUUAUGUACUUACUUUCACCAUCACCUACAACUCUUUGUAUUUUUGUAUAGAAAAAGUGAUCAGUUUGUAUUUUCAUCUUUCUAAUACAAUUCUGUAAAGACUUUCAAGGCGUCGUUAGAUACGAGGCGAGGUCGUCACUGUACAGCGUGUAAAGCGAGCAGCAUAUUGUGCCUUCUAAACUAUUGUUAGGAGCUACACACAUCCACUGACGAUUGUGUAACCUACUACUUGAAAGGAUUUACAAUUUAAUGGCGCAGUGACUGAUUGUCUUUCUUUACAUGUGAACACCUUAUUUUAUUAUUAUUAUUAUUUCUGAGUGCACUAAGUGAAAUUUGUAAAUGUCAACAUUGUGCUAAUUUAUUGAAUGGACUUGUGCUUCUGGGAAGGACUCAGGACUUAAAAAUCAGAGAUGGUGGUUAUGAAGGGAAACGAUUUUAACAUUUUAGCAAACAUUCAUGUUGUCUGUAAAAACAACCACUGCUCGAGCUGAUGUAUAAUCACUUCCCACUACAGACUGCAGAAUGUGUGACACGGUUUAAUAACUAGCUUAAUGACUUGAAAAUUUAGAACAUGCAUU